CUGCUGUUUGUAAGGCACAAUUUGAAAGGAGACGGCUCUGUUGGGCUGUAGCUGCUGGCAGACAUCACUGCCACUUCUCUGCACUCUUGAAGUACAAAACUAAACACUUUAAGUACAGUGCUUGAUCACUGUUGAGAAGACAGUGGAUUGUGUGCUCAUCCAGGAGUGUAUCCAACAGCAAUUGGGAGAAACUCUGCAGUGUUGGGGUUGAAUGAUAUAUGUGUGGAAUCAGUUUGGACCUCAGAAACCUGUUGAAAAAUGUUCUAUGAACAAUUUUCAUAAAGUAACUGUAUGCCAAAGGCCUGAGUCACUCAAAGUCUAGAGCAGCAAAUCCACAGUGUAAAAGGUACAAUUCAACCAAAGUGUCCAGUGUAUUAUGAACAUACUCUAAGGAGCUCAGUUUCUAUGGUGUGAAAACUCAGGACUAAGCCAGGAUGGAUGUGAAAAAGAAAGAAAUGGACCUUCUGAGUAACAGCAUUGCUGCAUAUGCUCACAUAAAAGCUAAUCCUGAGAGCUUUGGCCUCUACUUUGUCAUUGGUGUGUGUUUUGGCCUUGUGCUCACUCUGUGCCUGUUAGUCAUCCGAAUUUCCUGCAAGCCUCAGACCAAGCCUAGCCCCACCACCCCAGAGAACAAACAGCUGAAAGAGUUUUGUGAGGAUGAGGAGGACGAAGAGAGUGAUGAUGAUGAUGAUGAUGAUGAUAAUGAGGAUGUGGUGGAUGUGGAGGCCCUAGUUCCCCCCACCACCACAGAGAUGCCCAUGGGCAACCACCAAAGCACACCGGACGGUAGUGUAAAUGUGUUCACUUCAGCCGAGGAGCUGGAGCGUGCCCAACGCCUGGAAGAGCGGGAGAGGAUCAUCAGGGAGAUCUGGAGGAAUGGACAGCCAGACCUCUUGGGCACAGGCACUGGCACCAUUGGAAGGGUGCAUUACUAUUAGCUUUCAGUAUUAUUGGGAUGUGGUCUCCAGCCAUAUUAUUGGUUCAGCACAUUUACAGGACAAUGUCGAAAACUUUUGGAAGGUGCACUCUUUUUUUUAUUUGUUUAUCCAGUGUAAGUCCAGUGCCCAAGUCUAGAAUUACAACUGCAGCAUGCACACUUGCUGUACAUGGGCAUGUUUUGGUGCUAUGUGUUACAUUGUGACUGCAGAGGUGUUGCGAAAUGUUUGCUGUUUUUGUAGCCAUGUGAAAAGCACACUCUCCCUCAGGCUUUUUCAGGGUUAAGGGGUAGAUAUAUUGUAAUGUACAAUGAUGUUUGUCAUUUCUAGAUGAUUCCAAGACUGUGCUUAAUCCUUUGCACUUUUCUACUUUCUAUCCAAUCAUUUUUAUUUUGCCUUUGAAAUUUCUCUUUGUGUUAAAGUAUUAUCAUAAUGUAAAGAAAAAUAUUAAUUUAGCAUUUACCAACCACUUCACACUUCCAGGUCCCUAACAUCAAUGCUUCCCAGGUUUUUUUUUUUGAGUCAUACAAUUUUAAUAUUUGGAUAAUUAAAUUAUAUUCAAAAAUUAAACUUAAACUAAUAUUUCAUUUUCAUUUCUUGGGUCAUGGGGUUUGUCUGCCAAAAUUAAAAUUUUGUUCUUCUAGUGUUUUUAUUUCUAUGUUAAAGAAUAUUAAAGACUUCAGAGAGACUGCUUAAUUAAACAUUUUAUAUGUUUACAAAACCCAAAAUCAGGCACAUUUUAUAAUAUUAAUGGACCAAUGAGCACUCUUAAGUUAUAAUGUAGUCUGCAAAUAACCAAAGAGUUGCGUGUAUAUCUGUGAAAUGCUGGCAUGGGCAUGUGAGGCUGCCAGGCUGUUUGCUGAUUAGACUUUACUGAUGAUAUGACUGCUAGCAGCAACAGCAUGAUGAACACUUAAGUAUAUAGAAGCAUCUUAACUGAUCCAACCAACUGCCUUGGAAAACUAAGUGGAUGGGACUUCACUUUGCCUCAGGACAAUUACCUCAAACAUACUACUAGAACAACUGUGUGGUUUUGUUUUCAUUGCCAACAAGUAAAUUUUUCUUGCCUGGCCAAAUCACCCUACCCAAAUGGCAUUGAGCAAGAAUUCACUUACUGAAGUUUGAAGGGUCCUCAAACAGGCUUGCCCUGAAAAUUACGGCAUUGAAGGCCUGACAGUUUCACUAGCACAAUGCCAAUCGUGAGGUCUAUGUGUCUUUGGAUUUAUAACCAAGUAUGAAAUAUGACCAUUAAUUUCUUUUAAGAUCAGCUUUUAUUUGUGGUUUCCUGAAAUGGGUAUGUCUAUGAUCUAAAUAACCAUGAAUUAAGACCAAUAUUCUGCACUUUAAAAUAAGGGAACAGAGAAAUUUGAGAACAGAGACAAAACAACAAAAAUUGUGUGACUGUCCAAUUACUUAUCUGCUCACAAUAUAUCAAUUAAUGAGAAGUUCAUUAGAAGGACCAAAAAUCAAGAUGACCAUUUUGACUUUUUACUAUUGCUUAAAAUACCAUUCGGCAUGAGUGCUACAGUAAGUUAUUUUUCUGGUGCAAUAAUAUCCUACCAAGCUUUCUGUUUGAUUGUACUUUAAAAUCUUUAGCAUGUUUUUCAGAUCACAUAUGCUUUCAUUCCAAUUGAACUAUUUAACAUCCUUGCCUCAUGGUAUAUUCAGAAUAAUUUUACCAGAACAUGUGUCAUUUAACGUAGCAUGUAGCAGUCAGUGAAAGGUGGAUGUAACUGUGAGGUAUAUUUAUUAGGACACUUCCCAGCAACAGUAGUCAAGACACAGAGUCUGGCCUAGGAAACAGAUAGCCUAGGUGAAUCCAUAUUUGAAAUGUAAUAACGGGGAGGACACAGCAGAAAGUUCUUCAGGAACUGUACCUUUUAAUCAAAGAUUCUCUGUUGUUGUAAGAUUGUAAGAUUUUCAAAAAUACAAACAAACCAAGUGUUUGAGAUAUGCUUAUGGCUUUGGCUAUAUUUCGACUUAAAAGAAAAUUCCUGAGGCUGUGGUGGAAAUAAAUGUGUCCCACUUAAAACAAAUGGCAGUACUACUGCAAUCAGUUGUAUGUGUAAUACAAUUAUAAGACCAUGUGUAAUCAUUUAAUAUCUAUACUCAAAUAGCCCCCUCCUAUUAUUUAGUCCACAGCUGGUAUUUUAAGCACAAGUUCUCCAGGUAGGGUUCUUAGUUUAGAGAGAAAGUCCAUGAAGCCAAAGUCAUCACAACUCAUUACACUUCACAAACUAAAAUGUAAGGCUCCUCCCUGGCACUAAUUGUUUAGUAAAAAAUUUUUGUCUGUAUUACCCUUAUACACACACGACACACACACACACACACACACACACACACACACACACACACACACACAAAUGUUUUUAGUUAUUCAGUUCAGCAAUUUGCUUGUGUGUUAAUCCUUAAAAAUCUAAAGCCAAUCAAAUGGUCUUAAGUAAUAUCUGGGAAACAAUACUACUGCAAUGAAUAAAUGUAGUUUUUGAAUCCAUAGUUUUUUUAAUCCAUUGCAAUAUGCUGUGGAAGCCCUUUUGGUUCAGGGAGCCAGUCAAUCUCUGGAAAUUGUUGACUCUGAAUCCAGCAAAUAACCCGACCAUCACACUGUCUCCUCCAUGUUUGACAGUUGUUGUCACACACUGAAAAACCAUCACCUAUUCGUAAGCAUACAAAAACUCUGCAUGAUGAACCAAAUAUUUAAAAUCUUUAUCCAUCAGUACAUAAGACAUACCAUUCCUCAGUAGUCCACUGGCAGUGCUGUACACACUAGGUAAGUCACAUUUUUCUUAUUUUGACAUUUUAGCAAUGGUUCCUUAGUAUCACUUGACUUUACAAACCUUCUCUUCUCAGUUGAAACUGAGACUUGUUUACUUUGACCAGUGUUAAGAUGGGUUUGAAGGCAUUAUCCUGUGAGCUGUACAUAAUUCAUGCUGUUGACUCUCAGAAACUUGUCAUCUGAUUCUUUUUUAUUUUCUCAGACCUGUUUAUGUCAACAUUUCCUCCAGUUUGCAUGUGGUGUAGGAAACUACUACCAACACCUUUCUUUGCAAUUUCUUUACAGGAAAGUUCUAUACUUUUACAGGUUGCAAUGGUUGAUCUUCCUUUGUUAAGUACAUUUCUCUUGUCAUAAUGAUAACAAUAUACUACAUCCUGCACUGCAAAAUUGUCCAAAUAUUCUCCAAAGGAAAUAAUAACACUGCUUUUAUACAGAGGGGUUUAUAGGUUGGUUCACCUGUACAAAUUGUUUGUAUACAUUUCCAAAGCUUAAUUUUGUUAUAUCUCUGAAAUAUAUGUGAUUUUUCAGUUUUUCAAAUAAUUGUUUUUUUUUUAAUCUCUGGCAGUUUACCACUUACCAUUUCAGGUUAUUCACAAGACUUGGACUGCUUACA